AUGGGGUCCGAGGCUAUUGCAAGUCAUUAUCAAGUCCUUGAGGAACUUGGCCGUGGUAGCUUUGGAAUAGUAUACAAGGGCAUUGAGAAAGCAACAGGCGAAGUUGUUGCUAUCAAGCACAUUGACCUUGAGUCUACCGAUGAUGAUAUUCAAGAUAUCCAGGCUGAGAUCUCAGUCUUGAGUACCUGUGCUAGUUCCUACGUAACGCAGUACAAAGCUAGCUUCUUGCGGGGAACCAAGCUCUGGAUUGUCAUGGAAUAUCUUGGAGGUGGAUCCUGUCUUGACCUGCUUAAACCUGAGCCAUCAGUCUUUAGUGAGACGCAUAUUGCUAUAAUAUGUCGCGAACUACUUCGCGGUCUAGAGUACCUCCAUACUGAGGGAAAGAUCCACAGAGAUAUCAAGGCUGCCAAUAUCCUCCUCUCAGAGUCGGGUAAGGUUAAGUUAGCCGACUUUGGUGUCGCAGCUCAACUUACAAACAUUAAAUCGCAACGUAAUACAUUUGUCGGCACGCCCUUUUGGAUGGCACCCGAAGUCAUUCAGCAGGCUGGCUAUGACUUUAAAGCUGACAUAUGGUCUUUGGGAAUUACGGCUAUUGAAAUGGCAAACGGAGAGCCGCCCCACGCUAAUCUCCACCCCAUGAAGGCUUUGUUUCAUAUUCCAAAGAACCCACCCCCUAGACUAGAGGGUAAUUUCUCAAAAGACUUCAGAGACUUCGUAUCACAGUGCCUCAUGAAGGACCCGGAUCGCCGGCCGUCAGCGAGGGACCUGCUAAAGCAUCGAUUCGUCAGAUCUUCGGGAAAAGUGGAAGCGUUACAGGAGUUGAUCGAACGACGACGCAAAUAUGAUGCCACAAAAACCAAGAAGAGAAGCAGAGCUUUCUAUCAAGAAACGUUACGAGACUUCUCUCCAAAGGACGAGCAAGAUGAAUGGGUCUUCGAUACAGUCAGGUCUGUUGCUCCUAAACAGCCAACUGUCAAGUCUCGAAAACCAUCCUCAAUCUUCUCUACUGAAGAAGCAUUGCGUAGGAUGGACAUCAAGGAUGCCCCAUUGCAACCUUCGUCACCAGCUCCAACCCCGGUCACGAUGCGUAAGGCUACAACGCGAAGACGAUCCUCUCUGGCACAGAUUUCUAAUUCUGGAUCUGUACGUGGUCCACCAGCCCCUGCAAUUAGACGUCCUCUCCAGCCAGAUAUGUCGUUCGGUAACUCGGGAUCGUCACAACGUCUUUUCAGAAGAGUGCCUUCCGACAGUUCCACAUCUGGCCAGGUGGCUUCUUCAGACUCGAUCCACAUACUCUCGGAUGAGAAUAAGCACCCUGGCGCUGUUGAAGCAACCAGCAAGGAAGCUGUGCUCGGACGGCGCCUAUUCUCUAAGGCUGUCGAGCCUACACUUGCAGAGCUGCAUGCCCAGACAUCGAGUAUGGCUAAGCGGGAGGCACUAGGUAAGCUAUCUGACGCUCUUGCACUAUUAGACUCGGUUGAUCCAGAAGGCGCCUACCAUCUUUUGCGCAAUUUGAACUCUGCUAUUUCGCAAGAUGCCAAGUUAUCCAAUGCAUUCUUGCAGCAGAAUUCAGGGGUUUCCAUGAAGGGAUCCGAUCCCACAACACCACAGGGUACGGGUACGGUGGUUAUUAAGAGUCAAACACCAACCAGCCAAAACCAAAGUCCAACAAAGCUUGUCCUGGCGGCUAGCAACCCUCAUCUGAAGAGUCACAAAAGACGACAGGGGAGUUUGACAGUGAAUGGUGUUGGUAGUCCUGAGAAGAGGGAGAGAGACCCAGAGAAGGUCGCACUACAGGCAAAGUAUCCUGGCCGCGAUGCUCAGCCAGGUAUGGAGCACUGUAAGCAACUCUCUGAUGUCUUGUACGGUCGAUGGGUAGAUGGAUUGCGCUUGCGUUGGCCGGGUAUCUAG